CAAAUGGCGCGUGGAAAUGGCGCGUGUUUUCAACUGUUCAUAAUGUUUUCAACUUCGUAACCUCGUAAAUGCUAAUUGUCUUUAUAGUCCUAGAGACUAUAUCGAAGACGGAAAGAGACAAAAUUGAUCAAACAGACAGAACAACACUGCGGAUCGCAGUAGAAAAAAACCCAAGUUUGCAUCUAACGAAAGAGGAAGGCCGAAGGAAGAGAAUUAUUCUAUUCAUCACAGAGAUUCAUCGUUGUUUUUUAAGAAAAUGAGACGAAGUUUUGCGCCGAGUGUUGUGGCAAAGCGGAAAGACCGAGGUGAGGACGAUGACGGGGAUGAUGAUGAAGACUGGAACAUAAAUCAGGUCUCUAAAAAGAAGACUGGAAAGAAAGAUCACCUCUUGUCCAGUCCACAUAUGUGUCCAUUCCGGAAACCACUCACACCUCUGGGUAACCAGCCACUUGCCAACAGACACGGGCUAUCUGCGCAUGAAGAAUUCAUCAAGAAGCUUUUGUCAAAGCCUUUCAAAAUCCCGAUACCAAAUUACAAAGGUUCAUCGUUUGGGAGCCGAGCGCUGGGUAUACGACGUCAGGGCGCCCGCUGCGCGUUACACGACCCCUGUGAGGAGAAUGCUCUUGUGUUAUAUUCACCCCCGGAGCUGAGUGCAAAUGAACAGUUGAAGGUGGACAUGGAGAAGCAGCCUGUGCACGUUGUCGUUGAUCCACUGCUGUGUAAGGUGCUACGCCCUCAUCAGAGAGAGGGAGUAAAGUUUAUGUACGACUGCGUCACUGGCUCUCAAAUUCCUGAUUCCUAUGGCUGCAUAAUGGCGGAUGAGAUGGGACUGGGCAAGACCCUACAGUGUAUAACUCUGUUGUGGACACUUCUACGUCAAGGCCCCGAUGCGAAACCUACGAUUGACAAAGCCGUGAUUGUUUCACCAAGUAGUCUGGUCAAGAACUGGAGCAACGAGAUCACCAAAUGGCUCGGAUCACGCAUCCUCUCCUUACCGAUCGAUUCAGGAACGAAAGAUGAGAUCGACACUAAACUAGAGAGGUUCCUGGCGCAGCAGGGUAGACGCAGCCCAACGCCUGUGUUGAUCGUAUCGUAUGAGACGUUUCGUCUUCACGCUCGAGUUCUACACAAGAGCUCAGUCGGCCUCGUUAUCUGUGAUGAGGGCCACAGGCUGAAGAACUGUGAGAAUCAGACCUAUCAAGCUCUCACCCUGCUCAAGUGUCAGCGCCGCGUGCUCCUGUCCGGCACUCCCAUCCAGAACGACCUG